AUGUCGUUCUCCUCUCAGGUGUACUUCAAGCGUGACAGCGAGCUGAUCGAGGUGUUCCCCUCUAUUAUGGAGGGUGGCAGGAGCCAGGGCAGGGGCCUGGCAGGGCUACGGAGCUCUAGGACCUUGAUCAGCAGAGAUCUGGAUGACACCAAGCUGAAGAAGUCCCUCUCCCUGCUGGACCAGGACCUGGGGAAGCCCCCCCGUCUGGACCAGGACACCGGAGGGACAGGGAAGAUAGGAGGGGCCGGGGAGGAGCCAGGGGCCCCGGGGGAGCCUGGUGGUGUGGAGGGGUCUGAGCCCAGCCCCACAACCACGGAGGUGAUCCCAGAGACGGUGGUAAGCCGGGAGUUCCCCCGCUGGGUGCAGAGCACUGACCCGCUCUACUACUUCCAGCACAGGCGGCAGGUCUCCAGCGAUGGCACCAUGGAGGUCAGAGCCAUGCUCACCUGGAGCCUCAACCCCCAGCUGGACAACGACGCCCUGUUCAGCUGCGAGGUCAAGCACCCAGCUCUGUCCAUGCCCAUGCAGGCUGAGGUCACUCUGUGUGGGUACCAGACCUGAGCAUGCCCUUCCACCUUCUACCUUCCCUCAGAUACCAGGCUCCCAAAUCGGUUUGACCAUGAAAAUCAGCUGGAUACCAAAUACUCAUGUCUCCUUGAAAACAGAAAGAAUAUGUAAGGGAUAAUCAAUGAGGGGCUACACGUUCUAUGGAAAAUAAUGAAAGAUGUGGAAGGUGAUCUUCCACGGCGUUGCAUUAUUUUACAGAGAACGCAUAGAGCCCUGAGUUGAUUAUCCCUUUUAUACCAUAGCUAUAGUUGAAUACAUUUGCCGCUAGAAUGUGUUCAUUUGUUGGUAGAAAUGUGUUCAACAUCCACUGAAGUAGCUAGCAUUACAAGUUUACUAGACAGCUACACUAGUUGCCGUGGUAACCAAACAAACAGAUUUGCGAGUUUAACUAACCAAACCAUCAGUCCUAGCUUGCCAUUAUGAAAAUCGAAUUCAACAAUACCAAAGUUUUCAAUUCGACUUUUGCUUUCAUAAGCAGCUCAAACAUAGAAGAUGUAAGAAUUAAAUCUAUAGCCAUUGAAUUUUACAGUGCAAAUAUACUGUGCAUUAUAGGGAAAUAAUGCACGCUCUAGAAUGCCCUUCAAGCCAAUCAGAAAUAAGUAUUCAACAAUGCCAUGGUAUAAUCCAAAAUAAUAUUGUUCCAAAAUAUUAGUUAAAGUCCAAAUUCACUAUAGGUUUACAUUUUUUUCCUGAAUUAAUGGAAAUGUUCAUGGUGUCUGAAAACUCUGAAUUUAGGGAAUAUAUAUAUAUAUAUAUAUAUAUAUAUAUAUAUAUAUAUAUAUAUAUAUAUAUAUACACACACAUACAACACUACUCAGAGAUAAUGCAUUCAGUAAUAUCAGAAAACAAUCACUUCCCAGCCUAAAGCAUCAGCCAACUACAGGAAUAUACGGUACUCAUAUGCUUUAGCUCAGGAUCCAGCAGCAGCCAGCGACUAUUUAGAGGCAGUGACUCACGUAAUGAGGAUGAUCCUUAAUAGAGUAUUUGUUCAGAGCAUCCAUUAGUUCUGCUUAGAAACGCAUUAGAAAUCUCACGGCAGAUCAGCUAUUUUUUACACCGUUACAUAUGUAAUCACAUAAGCACACACACCUACCCACACUAUGCUCUGUAUGCAGUACAGCCACGGGCAUCAGUUUAUGAUGAAUACACGGCAAACCUCAUAUCAGUAAGUAUGAGUGGAUUACUAGAUAUAGUGGAGAUUUAUCACAAUCAAAAACAGCUGUUCCAAGACUGCCAUGCUCAUAUACAAAAUGGACUCAUAGGCUGAAAGCUUUGUGCACGGUAUACAGAGAAUAUAUACUGAACAAAAAUAUAAACGCAACAUGUAAAGUGUUGGUCACAUGUUUCAUGAGCUGAAAUAAAAUAUCCCUGAAAUUUUCCAGACGCACAAAAAGCUUAUUUCUCUAAAGUUUUGUGCACAAAUUUGUCUACAUCCCUGUUAGUGAGCAUUUCUCCUUUGCCAAGAUAAUCCAUCCACCUGACAGGUGUGGCAUAUCAAGAAACUGAUUAAACAGCACGGUCAUUACACAGGUGCACCUUGUGCUGGGGACAAUAAAAGGCCACUCUAAAAUGUGCAAUUUUGUCACACAACAUAAUGCCACAGAUGUCUCAAGUUUUGAGGGUGCUCGCAAUUGGCAUGCUGACUUCAAGAAUGUCCACCAGAGCUGUUGUCAGAGAAUUGAAUGUUCAUUUCUCUACCAUAAGCCGUCUCCAACAUCAUUUUAGAGAAUUUGGCAGUACGUCCAACCGGCAUCACAACCACAGACCACGUGUAACCACGCCAGCCCAGGACCUCCACAUCCGGCUUCUUCACCUGCGGAAUCGUCUGAGACCAGCCACCCGGACAGCUGAUGAAACUGAGGAGUAUUUCUGUCUGUAAUAAAGCCCUUUUGUGUGGAAAUACUCAUUCUGAUUCGCUGGGCCUGACUCCCAAGUGGGUGGGCCUAUGCCCUCCCAGGUCACCCAUGGCUGCACCCCUGCCCAGUCAUGAAAUCCAUAGAUUAGGGUCUAAUGAAUUUAUUUCAAUUGACUGAUUUCCUUAUAUGAACUGUCACUCAGUAAAAUCGUUGAAAUUGUUGUAUCUUGCAUUGAUAUUUUGUUCAGUAUAGAUGAGUUGCUGCAUUUAUUCCUUUAUAAAUAGUUUAUGGGACAAAUAAGGAAAAAUAAUAGAAGUGAUUUGUUACUGACUGCACUGACUGGAAGUCACUCUGGAUAAGAGCGUCUGCUACACGACCAAAAUGUAAAUGUACAAUUUGGUUAAAAUAUUAAAGAUUAGAUCAGAUAAAAAAAUAUGUAACAUUGAUUGUUUGUAUUUUAUUUCCCUUUAGCUGCUCCCAGGGGCCCCAAACUGUCCAUGUCGCCUGGUAAGGCUAAAGUAGGAGACACUGUCCGCAUUACAGUUCAGGGCCUCCAGAUCUCUUCCACUGGGGUGAGUACAUGAGAAAUGCUUUAUUCUUACCCUAUUUGUACCAAUAAGUGCAUUCAACUGUAGUAGGAAAUCACAAUCAUUGAAAGCAAACCUUUUUCAAGAAUAUAACACUUCACCAACAGGUGUCGCACUAUGACUAUAGAAUACAACUGGUAGAUACAUUUGGAUGAAAGUAUUUCAGCGUGUUUGAUGGGAUCAGUUUGAGUUAGGCGAGCUGGCAAGGCACAUAAUCAAUAAUCUUGAUCACAGAGUAAUUAUUUGGGAUGCAAGGUGACUUGUACAUCAGUGAUUAUGUGCAGUCCGGCUGUAAUGUAAUCAAUCUCAUACACACACAUUAUUUACAAAGGAUGCUUUUCCCCAUGCACUCUUCAGAACAUGGUGUUCCCCGAGCCACUGUUCACCUGGACCAGGGUGGGAGGUCCUCUGCUGGACGGGAGAGAGGACCAUAAUGGGAGGGAGUUGGUGCUGGAGAGAGUACCAGCCGAGCUCAACGGCUCCAUGUUCCGCUGCACUGCCCAGAACCCUCUGGGAUCCACCGACACACACACACGGCUCAUCGUGUUUGGUGUGUGUGUUCUCUAUGUCAAGGGUUCUCUGUUACCCCCUCUCCUCAUCCACAUGACUUACUUUGUUUUCUCUGUUUUUACAGAAAAUCCUAGACUUAAGAAGGGGAGACAACAUUUUGUUGGUAUGCAUAGAGAGAAUGGACAAAAGGAAACUAAAUUCUUUGCAAGGCCAACAUAAGACAUGUAAUUUUACUAAAGAUGAACUAACACUUAUUUAUUUCUAUUAGCAGAUGCAGCCUAUUGCAAUGAGGCACUGGAGCUGACCACCAUGCUGCUAAUGUUAGCACUGACAUGGGACAUGACGUGA